AUGGCAGUUACGUCUCUUUCAAUCACAAGCUCAAUCCUUUCCUCAUCUCAUUCCUCCGCAAAUGAUCAUCACUUCCUUUUCCGACCAUUCGCAAUCCAAUUUCCGUUUCGCUUUCUUUCAUCUUCCUCAACUCUCAGCCACCGUGCGAUCCACCUCCCUCCCAUCUCCGCCGUCAAAACUCCGAAGAAAAUCAAAAAGAUUGGUUCCGAGAUCACUUCUCUGACCCUAGAAGAAGCUCGCGUUCUCGUCGAGUACGUCCACGACAAGUUCGGUGUUUCUUUGGUCUUUUCAGAGACACCUACAGCGACAGCUAUCGCUCCUUGUGGCGGUGAGGCGGCUUCUGGUGUGGAGAAGCAGACUAAAUUCGAUGUGGUUAUGAACCAAGUCCCAUUGAAUAAGCGUAAGCGUUAUGAAUUGAUUAAAGCGAUUAGGGUUAUGGCUAGCUUGUCAUUGAGGGAGGUGAAAGAGCUCAUUGAAGAGAUUCCUAAGGCCUUAAAGGAAGGCGUGACGACAGAUGAAGCAGAAGAAGCUAAGAAACAACUCGAAGAAGAUGGCGCUGAGGUUUCUAUUGUUUAA